AUGUCUUCACCUCCUGCAUUCGAGGACACCCGCGAAGAACGCUUGGACAGGGAUCCUCCGAACCAUGAAUUUGUGGCUAGCGAGGCUGGCCGCCCCCCUUGCGUUUCUCUCUUUUCGUCUUGGCAAAACGAUAACCAAUACCUCCACACCGUCGAAGCGAGCCAAGCGCUAGUGGAGGACGCCCGAGCCGUGUGGAACGGUGACGCCGAUCACCUACUGGGUAACAAUGAAGUACCCGCCGACGUCAAUGGCAUCCAUUCUUUCGAUCAGGACUUUGUCAACGCCAUAGCCCCAAAUGCCCUCGACAUCAGUGUCGCUCCACAAACUGACGGAGGGAACACUAUACCACAUGUCUCCCUACCCCAGCCUCGCACCCAAGUCUCUGUCGCUCCGGUCAUACCUUCGAUCAUACCGUCGGUGAACAACCAGGUCCAACAUGCCAAUGCGACUGCUUCUCGCCAGUGCCCCUAUGGGUGCCCUAACACUUUCGGUCGUCCUGGAGAGUACCGCCGUCAUAUGAAGAAGCACAACGGCCCCUUCUUCCCCUGCACUCGCCCUCACUGUGGUAGAAUGUUCUAUCGCCAGGACAAGUUGAAUGAUCAUCUUAACAAAGGUCACUGA